GAUGUGGGCUGGCAGGGUCCGGGCGCGCCCCUCUGGGCCGGGGGGCCCGGCACUCCCCCGCCAGGGCCGCUCCAGGGGAUCCUGACUUGGCUUGGUGGGAGCGCUUGAACUGAGCUGUUGGUAGUAAAACCCUUCUCCUGUUGUGCCUGCCUAAAUUUGCGUUACGUCCUGCCGCCUUUAGGCUAAUCGGUGAGAUGUUGUGGCGCGUAGUAAACAGGGGAAGAUUCUCUUUAAUGUGAUUACUUACAAGAAAUAGUUCCUCAUCAUGGAAGAACUAUCGCCUGAAGAAAUUCAGCUGAGGGCCAACCAGGUCACUGAUGAGUCUUUGGAAAGCACAAGAAGGAUUCUCGGCUUGGCCAUUGAGUCCCAGGAUGUUGGCAUCAAAACUAUCACCAUGCUGGAUGAACAGGGAGAACAACUAAAACGCAUAGAAGAAGGCAUGGACCAGAUAAAUAAGGAUAUGAGAGAAGCUGAGAAGACACUGACAGAGCUCAACAAAUGUUGUGGGCUCUGUGUCUGCCCUUGUAACAGGACGAAGAACUUUGAGGCUAGCAAGGCAUACAGAGCAACCUGGGGAGAUGGAAUGGAGAACUCAGCAGAUCAAGUGAUAUCCAUGCAACCAAGAAGUAUGAAUCAGCAGCAGCCUCAGACCUCUGGAGGACCAAGUGGUGGCGGCGGGUAUAUUACAAGGAUAACAAAUGAUGCCAGAGAAGAUGAAAUGGAUGAAAAUCUUGCUCAAGUGGGAAACAUUCUUGGGAAUUUGAAAAACAUGGCUUUGGAUAUGGGCAAUGAGAUUGAUGCCCAGAAUAAGCAAAUAGACCGGAUAAAUGUAAAGGCUGAUACAAACAGGGAACGUAUUGAGCAAGCCAACAUCAGAGCCAAGAAGCUAAUCGACAAUUAAAGCCUGCUGUCAUUGUUCAAUGACACUGUCUCUCCAGCUGCAAGCCACCGUAUUCAUGGAUCUGUGAAACUUCUCCUAUUCUGAAAUAAGAGGAGCUGGGAAAAAUGAAGCAGUACCCUUGCUAUAGGGAUUAAUUUUCUUUUAUUUUUAUUGCUUCAUGUAAACACGGCCUUGACUCUAAGAAAGCAGCCAACAUAACUUCCUCCUACUCAUCUGCCUUCACUUUCUUUAAACUGCUCAGGGCUAGAAGUGUUAUGCCUUUGAGAAUCUUCUUGCAUGUUUUAUUUCCCCCUCCCAGUCUGUUUUUUUUUUCCUGCACCCAAAAUACAGUCCUUUAUUGAAAUUGAACAAGCAGCGUAACCUGAAUUCACAGUUGUGGAAAGUUGGAGAGGGCACUUUGCACUGUUUGAAAUACCUCAUAAGUUGAGUGUCUUCACUAAAAUAGGGACUAGGUGAAUAUUGUCUGACUUGUAUCUCUAGCAGACUAACCGUAGUUAACCACAUGAUUGGUUUGGGGUUGAGGUUUGUGGGUUACAGAACUGAAGAGGCCCACUACUUAGUAUUUGCGGGUUGAGGACUUUAAAACACUUCUAAACACACAGAGUUUAAUGUAAAGGUAACUGGAGGGGUAUACAGGUUUCCAUUUCUUUACUGUAAAUUAACAUUGCUUUGGAGGCCAGGACUAAGAAAUUAUGGUGCAUUGUUCUGGUAUUAUUUGCUGUGUGUGUAUAUAUACUUGAUCUAAACCCCAUGCACAUGUGAGUAGAAGAAAAUAAAACUAUCUCCGUAAAGUAUUUGUGAUGAAAAAUUUUAUGGCCGUCACCUAAAAGUUUUAAGUGUUUGAAUGAUGCAUCUUAACUGGAAGAAACUGAGUAGGAAAGCACAGAGUUUUCUCACAUCUCAUUUCAGAUUCUGUUUUGGCCAGUUUUCACUGGAGUUCAGUUUAUGCCUUCUUCCAGUGCAAAAUAAUGACUGAGAUCUGGUGCAGAGUUUGUUCUCAGCGGUGACUUCGGGGGAGUUUCUUAAACCUAGUGAAAACAGAGAAGCUUAUUAUGAAACUUAUUUGUCACAAGCCUGGAGGAAGCAGUAUCUAUUUAAGAACUCUAUGCUAGUUGUAAAUAAGCGAGUUCUGAGUAGGUUCCUGGCUGGCAAUGGGAAGUAUUACAUGUCCAAGUUGCUUGCGACUAAAAUGUUCCUGUGCUGUUGCAGAAUAGAGGAGUUUCUGACCAGGUGAGGUAAAGCUGUCUUCCUAUGAAGAAAAACAGUUUGGGUUUACUGUAAUGUAAUCAGAUUUAUUCCCAGGAUUCUCUUGAAAUUUUUUUGCAAGUAAAUUGCAAGCGAUCUGUUUAAUUUUAACUCCAUCCAGGAAUAUAUUAUGUGUGUUUUAAAGUUGGAAAUGAUGCGUUGGACUAACCUGUGACACUCAGUGUUGGAUGGCAAAAAUCUUUGAACCACUUUGAUUGGAGGAAUAAUUAAUAGUGUUAUGGGGUGGUUUUUUGGAAGGACAGUCCACAAGUAUCUUGUAGCCAUUAAUAAUAAACCUCAGGGCUAGAGAGAUGACACUAAUCAGCUGAAAUGUAAGACAAACAGUGAUAAGUGUUCUUGUUUUGUUUUGCUUUUCAGUAGAAAUUCAGUCAGUAUUACUGGUGUGUUACCAGUUCACCCCCAGGACAACUUGAUAUUUAAAGAGAGAAACAAACAAAAAACCCCAAACAACCCCUCCCCAAAACCCACAAACAACCACACCCUCCCUCCCCCCCAAAAAAAACCCAAACACCCUGACCAAAGGAUGGAACUGCUGCAUGUAAUAAAUAGACCAGUGGUAGACUAUCCAAUGUGAAUAAGGUAAAGUCCUUUUCGGGGGACUGGAUACUUCAGUAGUGUGUGUUUGGCUUCUCUCUGGCUUCCGGUAAUUGUUGAAAGGCUAAUGAAUUUUAAAAGCUCAUUAUCUAUACCAUUAGUAAUGAAAACUUUGCUUAAAACCACAAGUAGCAAAGUAGUACUUUCAAGAACGUUGCAUAGUAGAUUUCUAACAGUCACUUGCAGGGGAAGGCAUUGGGGAUUUGUAUGAUUUGGUUUUUUCUUCUUACAAACUUCAGGUUAAGUGAAGGAAUAUUUGUUGCUGGUUGUGAAAGCAAAGCAUGCAUUAUUUAAGUAUGAUUGUCUCCUGAAACAGAAGACUAAAGCUGUUAACUUAUUCUCCUUACAACAGUGCAAACAUGCUCUGUAGCAUCUAGGCAUCCCAAACAUCAGAAUGUUUUUCUUCCUUGCCAUUACAAGCCCGUGUUCUUGAUUUCCCUGAGCUGUAACAACAGAUUACCAUGUUGGCUGAGAGAAUGCUGUGGUUGGUAUCUCAGAAUUGUAAUAUUGCAGUGACUACCACACAGGGAAAUAAUUUCUGAGACUCUAAGCUCGAGGAUUAGCAGAAUAUCAGUACUGUUUUCUGAUGCAGCAAGAGCCAAAUCCGUGAGGGAGUUGGUGCUUUUAUGUUAGUGAAAACACACUUUGCUUCUUGGAUUGUCUUACUGUUGUCUAUAGAAUAGAUGCUUAAUUUCCUUAUCUGUGGGAUGGAAUCAGCACUUGUACAUCUCUGUAUUUCUGAAUGCUAUUAAGAAUGAAGGUUUACAGUUUCUGCUUUUGAUUGUUGAACUAUAUAUUGUGCACAAAAAUACAUUACUUUUAUAACUGAA